AUGCCACUGCUGCCACGGCUGCCACGGCUGCCGCUCCAACGGCGCCUCGCUCUUCGCCCUGUCCGCUGCUGCUCCCCGGCCGCCUCCCGCCUCCCGCGGCGCAUUGCCUGCACCCGCCGCUGCUCUUCGUCUUCCUCAGGCUCGCCUGGCCACGGCCCCGACGACGGCCUUGAUGCUGCCCGGACGUGGCUCGCGGCCCUGCAUGCACAGACAAUCCCUCUCGAGACUAUUGGCGAACUGACCUUUAGCAGAUCAUCCGGCCCUGGCGGCCAGAACGUGAACAAAGUCAGUUCCAAGGCCACUCUAAAAGUGCCCCUCGACGCCCUGCUGCCCCACGUCCCUGCAGCGCUGCAUAGCGAGAUCAAGCGCCUGCGCUACCUGGCCCCACGCUCAAAUACCAUUGUCGUCCAUGCCGACGACAGUCGCAAGCAGUCGGACAACGCCCGCAGCUGCUACCGUCGCCUGUACGACGCCAUUGCCCUCGCCGGCCGUAAUGCUGUGCCCACCGAGGCUUCGCCAGAGCAGGCUCGGCGCGUCAAUCGCCUCCAAAAAUCCAACAACGAGCGCCGCCUCAAGACAAAGAAACUCCAUGGCGCUAAGAAGUCUUCCAGACGCGCCCGCACCGAUGACUGA